GGGACAGGGAAGGGUUCGGGACAGGGACCGAGACCGGGGCCGGGCCGGGCCGGGCCGGGUCGCAGCGCCAUGUCCUCCAGCGGCUGCUCGUUCGCGGAGCGCAGCGUGCGCGUGCUGUGCUGCCGGUUCUGCCGGCAGGUGCUGAGCUGGCGGGGCAUGCAGGCCGUGCUGCUGGCCGACACCGACACCGACCUCUACUCCACCGACAUCCCGCCCUCGGGAACUGUGGAUUUCAUCGGGAGCUGCUACUUCACCGAGAUCUGCGGGUGCAAACUGAAGAACAUCGCCUGCUUGAAGUGUGGGAAUGUUGUUGGCUACCACGUGAUCUGUCCCUGCAAGCCCUGCCUGCAGUCCUGCAACAACGGCCACCUCUGGAUGUUCCACAGCCAGGCAGUGCUUGGCAUCAACAGGCUGGACCCUUCUGGUGUGGAUGUAUUGCUGUGGGGCAACCUGCCAGCUCUGGAGGAGAGCACAGAGGAAGACACGUCCUGCACCUCUGAGGAGGAGUUCAUCAGAUAAACGUCACCUGCAGGAUCUUCCCUCCUCUGCUGGCCUGGCUGUUUGCUUUGGGUUUAUUUCAUUUCACCUGCUGGCCCAUCAGAGCUUAAACAGCAAGAAAAAAUCAGGAAAUCUGGGAAAAAAAUCCCAAAAAAUGGAAUUCUUCUUUCUCUUUCCCUGUUGCCUUCCCUGGACUCUUGAAUCUGCCUGAGCAGGUGCACCCUGGAAAUGCCAACACAAAGUGCAUUUCCUGAGCUCUAUUUUGCUCUUUAUUCUUAGCCCUCUACAGCUGAUAAUCCUUCUUUUCUUCUUCCCUAAAGCACUUUUCGCAGAGCAAAACCUCUCAGCUGCUUUUCUCAGUUCAAAAGCGCCUUCAGGAAUAAUCAGCCAGGCCUGGCAGAGCUCAGCUUUGGGCUCACAACUCAACGUUUCUGCUCUGGCUCUGGGGUCUCCCGCUCUUUGCAGCCUCUCUGCACCUCAGGAUGCUCCUAAAUGUGCACUGGGAAGCCCCCUAGAGCAUUCCCACCUUUAUUUUUCAGUACUUUCAGGGUUUCAGCACCAAACUCUGCUUUUCUCAGUUCAAAAGCACCUUCAGGAAUAAUCAGCCAGGCCCGGCAGAGCUCAGCUCUGGGCUCACAACUCAACGUCUCUGCUCUGGCUCUGGGGUCUCCCGCUCUUUGCAGCCUCUCUGCGCCUCAGGAUGCUCCUGAAUGUGCACUAGGAAGCUUCUUAGAGCAUUCCCACCUUUAUUUUUUUUGUACUUUCAGGGUUCUGUCUCCACAGAGAUCAAGUUCAUGUUCUUUCUCCCUGAUAAAAACCUAAAUUCUGCAGUUUCUUAAUAGAACUUCAAGGCUACACUGGAGUUUUUCUUCAGGGCAGCAAUAAAACCCAUCCACUUUCAUAUAUAUAUAUUUUUUUUUCCCUCUCCAAAACAGAACUCAGUCAUGAAAUUGGGUCUUUUUAGAGAAAGAAAAAAAAUUUAAAAGUUAAAUAUUUGGUGUUCGCACCUAAUUUUCCAUCCUGAGGUGCACAGACAAUCUGGCUCCUGUAGGUAAUGGAUUCAAAGCUCAUUUUCUGAGUUGUUAACAAACCAUGAUGUUUAAUUUCUGAACUAAGUGCUGUCCCCUUCAGCUACUCACCUGAAGGCCACCAAUAAAAAAUUCCAGAUAAAAUCGUGUCAGAGAACAGAGGACACUUUUAAAUUUGGGGUGAUGCUGAAUGAAUCCCUCUGUAGGCUCCUGUGAUUCUCGAGAGGGGUGCAAUGAAGAGAGAUCUGAAUUGUCUCAGUAUUUUCACUGCUCAUUAUCUAUUUCUCAAUUAAUGGUACUACCUCCUCUGCCCUGUUUCAAUGUACGUUGGUGUAUAUUUGUAUGAGUGUGUCUUGUUUGGAAUUCCUGUGUUGUGUCUGCCCAGGAAAUAAAAGCUUUGGACUCUGAAGUCUUCAGGGCUGUCAUAAAUAUGGAUGUGUCAUGAUAUCAGAUAAUCAAAACAAUGAAAUAGCAGCUUGGGUUAAAAGAGUCGAAUAAUUCGGGUUUUAGUGUUAUGAAUUUGUUUUAGACAACCCAAAAAUGGAAUCACUCCAGGCUGACAGACCUGGCAGUUUCUCAGUCUCAGUUAACCCUUCUGUACCUCCAUAUCCCAAUUUCUGCCAGGCUUCUGUGAUCACUACAGCGUCAAGCUGCCAAGGUGACACCUCAAAACUUUUCUUUUUUUUUUCCCCAGCAGAAUUCAUGAGCUAAAAAUAAAUCCGAUUGUUUUUGCAUAAGCACCACAACAGUUCAAACCUAAUUGUGCCUGUUGCCUCUCCAGCACUUGUCAUUUGUAACCUUCGCCGCUCUGAGUCAGCAGCUCCUCUCCCGCAGGGAAG